CGGGAGAGAAAGUCUCGCCACAAUUAUCGUUUUUAUAUCGUCCUCGACCAUGCUGGCUGAUUCAAGGACAUCAAAAUUACAUUCAUGACGUGAUUUGACUGACCAAGUGAACCAUCUACGAUAUGGGAGACGCCAAUGUCCAUUUACCAGCAUUUCUGCCCAAGACGAUUGAGUUUGCACCAGGAGUAAGCUACGAACUUUUACAGCCCAUCACUACUUUUCGUCAUUGUCACGAUGGGAGCCCCGCGGAGGGUCGGAUUGUCCUCACAUGCAAGCGGGUCCAGGAUGAUGAGGUGAAUUCGCUGGAAUAUAUCAUCAAGAUCAAAGCCAGGGUGCCGGAGCGAAAUUCAAACCCGGAGGCCACUACGGAGGCAACGUCCAGUAACACCACACGAGCUGAACUGAAGGCUUUGUCGGUUUUUCGAAACAUCAAUAACCCAUAUGCACCUCACCUAGUUGAUUACAAAGAAGCGGUGCAAGGUCCCCAUGGCCCACUUCCAGGUGGAUAUCUAACGUUCACGGUAAUGACCAAAAUGCCUGGGGAUUCGCUCCACAACCUGUACUUCUGGGGCAUGCCGGACGACGAGCGCAAAGAUAUCACAGGAAAGUUUUUGAUUGCUUUGAGAUCGAUUUACUCCUUGGGCAUAGAACCAGUAGACUGUGCCCUACGCAAUGUCCUCUGGGAACGUGAAACAAAGACGUGCACCGUGAUCGACUUUGAGUUAUGGAGACCCAUAGAAGGCCCGAUUCAGGAUGAAAUCAAAGAAGUCCAGCGAUGGGGAUUGGCAAGAACACCAGCGCAUAAGAAUCACUGGGAGGCAUGGAAUGCGCAAUGGCGAUAGACCAGAAAUGCCAGGGGAAUUGAUCUGAAAGACGUUGAUACGUUCCAAAUACUCCUCCGUACUUUGAAACCCGCUAAGGAUAUUGGGCUACUUACUCCUCCGUAAGGGAUCCCGUACGUAUGCCAAGAAAUGAGGAGAUGAGCCAAUCAUAG